UCACUCACUAACGUGAAAUCCAUACAGAGUCUGGCAUAUGUAGGGCACGUCUGGAUUGCGCGUCGCAUUCACCAACCACCAACGGUCUGGGGCCACUCGAUCGUGCCAGUGACCACGUUUAUGCUUUCUUUGCCGCAUUUCCGGACACGAGAGGCAGGGCAGGCUAGGUAGGUAGGUAGUCGGUGUUGGAUCAGUGUCGUUUUAGGCGGAGCAGCGUUAGCUGUUGUGCUGCGCUGCCCUGCUUUUCCCCCGCCUACCACUGUCUAGUCUUCAUCCCACCGAAGCAUUCAAGCACUUGUCAACACCAGCCUCUAGACCUGAAUACGAUCUCUUCACGUGUUGAGACUGUGCCAAGUAUAUUUCCUUCUUCUUUCCUGUCUUUUCUCUUGGGUACCUUCAAUACCUUUAGCACGCAAGAUCGAGGACUUGCAGAAUAUCGCCUGUUCAACACCAAACAUUGGCAAAGCCCACUCGUUAUCCAGAUUCCAGUCCACACUUCCACAGACCAACUCAUUCUACACAAUGAAUUCCUUGCACCGCCAGUUUGGCAGGCUUACGCAUAAGGGAGCAGGAGACAAAGCCAAUGUCUCGGUGUUGCUCAACGAUUACGAAGAUGCGGACAAAAUGCUCACGAAGAUCAUCGAGGCUUCCAAAGCUUGGAGAGAUGCAUGGGUUUCGAUUCUCGGUAUCAACGUUUCGGCGAGCACCCUAUUCGAAGAAUUGUACAAUCCUAUUGUUGGUGCUGGGGAUGGGCAUGGACGGGAACCAGUUAUAACUCCACGGCCACAACUCGAUCGAACCUCCAAAUUGAAGGAUGUGUACACGGAUUUGAAGACAGAUCUUUUGGAGGAGGUCAAUAUGAUGGAAUCUCGAGUAAUCAAGCCUGCUACAGAAGCAAAGGACUACAUCCAACCUAUACGGAAAGUCAUAAAGAAAAGGGACAACAAGAGGCUUGAUUGGGAGCGUUACAUUGACAAGGUCAACAACUACCAAAGAAAGGUAAAACGUACGGACAGGGAGAAUGCUGCUCUUGCGAAGGCCGAGGAGGAAUUGGCCAAAGCUGCAGAGGACUUCAAAUUCGCAGACGAGUCUCUGCGUGAAACUUUACCUCCAAUCAUUGCAGCCGCAUUCUCUAUCUUGCCUCACCUCCUUGCUGUUCAAAUCAUGAUCCAAAACACGAUAUUGGCCCAAUACUACACAUCACUCCAUAAUUACUGUGAGGAUACUGGUUUUGCCUCUCCACCGCCACCAAUGGAAGAGGUCAUAUCGACUUGGAAUAGUGAUUUUAAACCAAUACAGAAGGACAUAGAGGAAAUCCCAGUGAUUGCCCGUGGGAAAGCAAUCCAUCAGCCAAUGGCUAUUGGUGAUGACGGCGCCCGCAAGCCUUCAGCAACUGGCCUGAAUUUCAGAAAUGGAUUUGCGAAUCGGCGGCCCUCCACGCAAGGCCCUGCUUCGCAAUCAGUAUCUCCACAUCCAGAGAAACGAGUGAUGCGGAUUCCAUCAUCGAAUCAGAUACCUACCAUCGCCCCUCAAGCCCCCCAGCCCACACCUUCUCCAGAACCAACGCCAGUCUAUUCACCACCAGACUAUUCAACUCAUCUGACUCCUGUUUCCACUUAUUCGGCACAUUCUCCCGCAGGACCCAGUAUGGACUACUUCCAGCGAUCCUCAACCACCAACGCAAUACAGAAGAAGAAACCUCCGCCUCCUCCACCAAAAAGAAUCGGCUCCCAAAAUUUUGGCACAUUUGCCGUGGCUCUGUACGAUUUCCAGGGCCAGAAUCAAGGUGAUCUAAGUUUCAAGGAAGGGGACCAGAUCAAAGUUCUCAAAAAGACGGACAGUACGGACGAUUGGUGGGAUGGCGAGUUGCGUGGUGUGAAGGGCAGUUUCCCGGCGAAUUACUGCAAGCUUACUUGAUCAUCCUGGAGACGAGUCAAUUGAGGUUGCUGGUAGAAACAUCCGAUGAAAUGAGCAUGAUGAUUGAUGAUGAAAUGAAUUGGAAUGGAAAAGCAUUUGAUGGAUGUAAGUGUGUCUGCGUAACUCGGGCAUACAUAGAUAUCGGGCAGGCAGUCAAUGCACUGACGGAAUUGAAGAAAACUGUUGGCUCUUUCUUGAAAAUCAUUGUGUUGAUGCUUGUCUUGAUUGAUUACGAUGGCAUGACGUGGAAUGUUGUUUAGAUCCGUGAAAGUGUGCUUCAAACCCUGCUGCUAAUCACCCUAGGGGAAAUGUAUAUCGGUAUUCAGUAACGGAUAAGUGGUGACCUGAAAUGAAAAAUAAAUACGCAUAUUGAAACAACUUCAAGUUAAUCACUACCUAGGUAUAAACUCACUAUUCGUUGAUUGUCUG